GGAAUCAUCACACCUACAGCCAUGAAGACUAAUUUCGUUUUAUUUGCCUUGGUGGUGCUGGCUUGCUGUAAUUUUUCACUGAGUCAGCGAUCGACCAAGAAGCCGACGACAAAAAAGCCGAGUAAAACUGCCAAACCAGGGAAAUCUACUGAACGCCCAGGUCCAUCUAAGCUUUCCUGCGAUCAAAGCACACCCCUAAAGUUUUCUUCGCUGGGAACUGAUAAAGAUCUACUGGCUAAUCCUGAGAGAGGCUAUUACCAUCACCACGAUAUAGAACUGUCCAAGUACAGUAAACUUAGUGCCGAGGACAUGAAACGAUGGGCCAAGGAGGGUGUGACCCUUGCCUUGAUGAUCUUCAACAUCGAGCCGUUCGUGAAGCAAAAUUUGAACGACGUCGCACUAAAUAACAUAAGGAAUGAUUUUAAGGCUCUCCGCGAGGGCGGAAUGAAAGGCAUCGUUCGAUUCAGCUACAACCAGACCGAUUUAUCAGAUAUCGACCUCGCUAAUUACAAUUUUCCCCAAACAACUGAUGCGAAAAAAACUCAACUUUUAAGCCACAUCAAGCAGCUGGCGCCCAUUUUCAAGGAACAUGUCGAUGUGAUUAACGUCGUCCAAAUUGGAUUCAUCGGUCACUGGGGAGAAUGGUAUUAUUCGAAGAACUAUGCGACUCAAAUUCAGAAGGAAGAAUGGAAGCCGAACCAAAAUCAGCAAAAAGAUCGCGAUGACAUUGUUAGGGCUUUGAUGAAAGCCGUACCGAAAAGUCGAAUGUUGCAGAUCCGCUACCCAGCGGCCAAAAAGAAACUCUACGGAGAUAAAAAUUUGAAACCUGGAGGUGAUAGAACGAGCGAAAGCGCUCGUCUGGGAAUUCAUAACGAUUGUUUCUUGACCGAUUAUGGAGACUCAGGAACUUUUGAAACAGAAAACAAAGAAAAAGAAGCCGCCCAGCGGAAAUGGCUGGAAGAAGAAGGACUUAGCGUCAUGAUCGGUGGUGAAACUUGCAAAAAGUCGAAAAAGAACGACAUAACUGGCUGCCCCGAGGCGAAGAAACAAAUAGAAAAACAGAGGUUCACCUAUCUCAAUACCGAUUACAUCAAAGCAGUGAUUGAUGAUUGGAAAAAAACUAAAUGUUACAAUUAUAUCGGCAACAAAAUCGGUUAUCGUUUCGAACUCGUCAAAGGAAGUCUUCAGUCAACGGUGAAGAAAGGAACGAGAUUCUGUUUGUCGCUCGAUAUUAAGAACUCGGGUGUGGCUCCUCUCUACAAUGAGCGUCCCCUUGAGAUCAUUUUGAGGGAUCAGAAAACAAAGCAGUCAAAAUCUGUUAAGCCGAUCCCCUAUCAACCAAAAGUUGAUCCUCGGUCGUUUUUGCCCGGUAAAAUAACCUCCAUACAAGUCACCGCCCAGGUUCCGUCUGAACUUCCUCCCGGCCAAUACGACGUUAUUUUGAAUUUGCCCGAUGGAUCACCUACCCUUAAAGACAAAGCAGCGUACCGAAUUCUCUUUGCCAAUGGGGGGAAAGUCCAGGACAAGGAGAAUCGCUUCAAUAUUAUUGGUAAUAUAACCGUUCAGUAAAAAUUUAUACAUGUUUGUUCAUGACAAAACUUAUUGGAGGAAGGAAUAAAUGGCAGCAAAUAUAA